AUGGCGUCUGUUUCGUCUCUAGAUAAGGACUUGCGCAAGAUGCGCCUCGACAAAUAUACCCCUGGCGCCGCAAACGAAGCCCGGUCUUGGGUCGAAGCCGUCUUGGGCGAACGAUUACCAUCGAAUGAUCUCCUGGAAGGACUGAAAGAUGGCCUGGCGCUUUGCAAACUGAUCAACAUGGCCAUCGGCCCGCCCGGUAUCAAGUUCAAGAAAUCCGCCAUGCCCUUUGUCCAAAUGGAAAAUAUCUCGCACUUCCUCCGCGCCUGCCAGUCACCCCCUCUCAACCUACAAGAACACGACAUGUUCCUCACCGUCGACCUAUAUGAGCAGAAGGACCCCGCCCAGGUCCUCCAGUGCCUCGGCGCAUUCUCCCGAGCCGCCCACAACAUCAACCCCUCUGCCUUCCCAACAGCAAUUGGUUCGAGGCCACGCGGUGGUGGUGUGCUAAGCCCGCAAAGCACUGGACCGGCCACGCCUAGAAAUCGCGGCAUGUCCAAUGUCAGCGCUACAUCAUCCGUAUAUGGGUCCCGUCCUGGCUUGGCGGCUGCCAAAACCGGUGACUCGGGUUCUGGUCGCUGGAGUUCUACUAAGAGCCCUACUGGGGAGCGGGUUGGAUCACCCGGCAGUGUAUCAAGUUGGAGCAAGAGGGACCACGAGGGUGUUACCAAUCCAGCCUGGAACAUAGCCCAGUACGGCUAUAUGGGUGGCGCAAGCCAGGGUAACCUGGGAAUUGCCUUUGGAGGGCGGCGGCAGAUCACUAGUGCUAGUCCCAAUGUCCCAAACAUGGCUGAGAAGGAACGCAGGCGUAAGGAACUGACUGCCGAAGCUGAACGCCAGAAACAUCAGAUAGAGGAAGAGGGACGCGUGCGCCAGUCCGAACUCGAAGCACAAGAAGAACGCGCUCGGUUAGAGGAAGAGCGUAGAUGGGAAGAGGAGACCAGGCGGCAGCGGGCAGAUGAGAAGCGCCAAGCCGAAGACGAGAAACGGCGGUGGGAAGAGGAAGAACGCCAAUGGAAGCUGACUGAAGAAAAACGACGAAAGGAGGAAGAGGAAGCCGAGGCCAAGUUGGCAGGCGAACGCCAUCGUACUCAAAAUCAGAACGACGGCCGCCUACAAGGGCAAUUCCUCAGUCAGUAUCAGGCCGAGCAGAACUCAAGGACCCAGAAGACCGGCGACGACGAUUACAGCGACCGCAUCAAGCAAUUGGAAAAGGAGUUGGAAUUGGCCCGCCAGCGCGAACAACAAUACGAGGAAGAGCGACAAAGGCGGUCGCAGAAACGAGAAGCGUCUAAGCAUCGAGCCCUUUCUCGUACCCGUCCGGGCAUGCCGGCAAGGGAGCCCAGCCGCCAGGACUCUUGGUCACGAGAUGAGCGAGAGGUUCUACGUACGUCGCGGGAUCAGCACCAAGAGACGGCUCCCCCGCCACCGCCGCGCCCUCUUCCUGUGCCCACAGCUGCACCAGUCAAGACAAACCGGACAGGUGAGAUGGCGCCAGUGAAACCCCACCGGACUGGUGAGGGUAGACCCCUUCCCGUACCGGACCGAGCUAGAAACCAGGUGCCAAGUGGCUUCGGCACCGGCUCCCCACGGCCUCUGCCCAUACCGUCUGCAAAACCCAAUGCCAACCGAACGGAUCGGUACUUGGCGUCCAACCCAGCACCUGUUCAGCCCCCCCCGCAACAGACCUACUCGCGCGAACUCGACGCCACAGCGGAGCGUGACGAAGAGGACAGACGCCGGGCACAGUUCCAAACUAAGACCAAGGCGGGCGGCUUUGCUGGCAAGUCCUUGCUGGAGCGUGAGAUGGAAAUGGAGCGCCAACGGCAACGCGAAUGGGAGGAGUCUCAAAAGGAGACAGCCAAGGCGGCCAGGACUGGCGAUGGUGUUGAUGGUAUUGGUGGUGGGGUCGGAGGACGUUGGGAUGUCGGGCAGUGGAGCGGCUACACCGGCGGCGAUAGCCAGAAUAACGGUUCUUCGGGUAUCGGUGCCGGCAGGAGACAAAUCGUCGGGCCCAGACCACUCCCGGGGAGGCCUUGA